AUGAACAAAAUAUGCGAAAAUGUCUUGGGACCUAUGUUGUCUGAAAUAAAGGACUUACGUAGACUUAUCGUGAUCAUUCCGAAUCGUCUGUACCUGGCGACCUACUCAACACGCUGCCGUCGUUCAGACACAACAGAACUGCACUUCUUCAACACCGACUACAAUGAUGAUUACUGGAAUGGCGGUUUGGCGGCUUACAAACCGCUAAACUUGGGCUGUUUGAUACAAUACAUUCGUAAUGUAAACGAAAAAAUGUAUAAUCACCGAUACGCGUCUAAAACUAUUGUACAUUACACAGUCGACAACUCUAAGGAAUAUAAUGACGCCGCGUUCCUCAUCGGUUCUUAUGCGAUUGCCGUAAAACAAAUGGAUCUAUUAACCGUUCAUUCCAUGCUGAAGAACAACAGCUAUUGCGCUUACGGAAUGGAUUCGGUUUUCGGUUACGGCAAAAACGAUGGCAUUGCCUUGCAUGAAUGUUUGAAUGUCGUGUACAAAGCGAUCAAGUACAGGAUGGUGAACUUGAACGAUUUCAAAUUCCAGGAGUACUGCGACUGGAGUCGUGAAAUGACAUGGAUAGUGCCCGACAAGUUUAUCGCUUUCCGUGGUCCUAUCGAAUGUAACGACACUGCAGCGGGGCCGGGCUGCAAUGAUUUACUACACAAUUUCGUUAAAUACUUUAAAGAAAAUAACGUAAAGACAGUUAUCAGACUAAACGAUACAGAAUAUAACAGUUUUUGGUUUUCCAAUUCCGGUAUUGAACACAUUGAUUUGUAUUUUGAGGAUAGUUCAGCGCCAACGGUCGAGAUUUUGAAAACGUUUUUACAAAUUUCCGAAAAGUCCCCUUACGCCAUAGCAGUGCACUGCAGGGCUGGUCUUGGAAGAACCGGAACGUUAAUCGCGGCCUAUCUGAUACAGUACUACCGAAUGACGGCAUUCGAAGCAGUCGCAUGGGUGCGGUUGUGCCGUCCAGGUUCCAUAUUCGCGAGAUCGCAACUAUCAUUUUUGACACACAAUGAAAGUAUGUUGUGGAAAAAAGGAGAUGAACUUCGAAAAGUAAAGUUUGGUAACCCAUUCAAAUUGGCGUAUUGCACUCUGGGGAUAUACAGCACUAAUUGCCAGAAAAAUCGACAUAGCGUAGGUACCUAAUACUUACGGGCGAAAGUGCCUGCAGUGACGUGGUAAUCCAAAUGA